AUGCCAGAGGUCUUUGUCUCAGCAGCACCAACAACUGAGAAGGAUCCUCCCCCGUGGAGACUUAAAUAUUUGGAAAUUCCCCGGAGUCUGCUGCUGGUCUUUCCUGGCCUGUGCAAGCUGAAUCUCUCUGGCAACCCGCUCGGUUGUCUGCCUGCGAGCCUCUGCCAAUGGAAGCUGGUGAAACUGAGCGUGGACCCGCCCACGCGUCAGCCCUCAGGCCGGCAACGGCUUGCUUGCAUCCUGGGCUGCGCAAGCGACCCCCCAACGCUAGCAGAAAGCUGCUUGAGCCGUCUGAUCAAGUCUGCGGCCCGGCCGGGCUUACCAGUUGUUCCCGCCCCUCAGCACCCGCUCCCAGCCCAUCUAUCCCGCGCACUUGCAAAGGGACGCCUCUGCGACGACUGCCACCGCUUCCGGUGGUCAGCCCAGAAGGCCAUAUAUCUCCGUGCCCCUCCCAACUACAUGAUCCGCGGAUUCAACGGGAACCGCUUGAAACCUCACUCCCUCAUCCUAGGCCCUUCGUUCCUAUGCCCCGCUUGUCUCAGCCUUCAUUGCAUCCGCACCCACCCUUUGUAA